AUGUGCACCGGGGUGAUGGCCAAGUGCCUGGGGGUCACCCUCAUUCUGCUGUCCAUGAUUGCCUUCCUGGCUAACAUCCUUUUGUUUUUCCCUGGAGGAAAAGAGAUAGACAACACCAAUCACCUUUCUGAAGAGGUCUGGUAUUUUGGAGGAAUAUUAGGAAGCGGGUUCUUGAUGCUCCUUCCUGCUAACGUGUUCUUGGACCUGAAGUACAAUGACUGCUGUGGGUGCUGUGGCAAUGAGAGUUGUGGGAAGAGAUUUGCGAUGUUCUCCUCCAUAAUAUUUGCUGGGAUUGGAUUCUUGGGUGCUGGGUACUCAUUUGUCAUCUCACUCAUCUCAGUCAGACGUGGUCCUAAAUGUCUCAUGGAUAAUAACAAGUGGGGCUACCCCUUCCAUGAUGGGGAUUACCUCAAUGACGAAGCCUUAUGGAGCAAGUGCCAGGAGCCCAAAAAUGUGGUGCCCUGGAAUCUGAUCCUCUUCUCCGUCCUGCUCAUCAUAGCAGUGCUCCAGAUGCUUCUCUGCACCAUCCAGGUGGUUAAUGGCCUCCUGGGGACCCUGUUUGGAGACUGCUGCGGGGGAUAUAGAAGAGUUUAA